AUGAUAGGAGCUUCUAUCCGUGAAGGAACACAAGCUACAGAAGCGCAAAUAGCUGCAAAAGCGAAGAUGGCGGUCGUCGAUUACCGGAAAUACCUCGCGGAGAAUGUCCUCAACGAGCGGCAUACAGUCACCUAUCGCUCGUUAGGUCGAGCUCUCAAGGUCCAUUGCAACCUGGCCAAGCAAAUGCUAUAUGAUUUUCACCAUACCGAGAAUAAGAAGAAGCCGCAGAGUGUAAAUGCGACCUACGUUAUUACUGGGAUUCAGAAACCACAAGAGAAGGAUACAAAUGGUGUUCAUGCUGAGAACAAUGACAAUGGAGACGAUAUCAUGCAGGGCAGCCCCUACCUACCUAGCUCGAUGCCAAAUCAGGACACGGCUUUUGACGAGGUGCCAACAACCUCGAUUAUUCUCGCGCGCGAAGAAGAUCUGGAUGGCAAGUGCUUGCUUUAA